UUUAGCAGCUGAAAAAUGUCAAUAUUCUGUCAAAAUUGAAUUUAAUUAAUUUCAAAUUGAAAAGAUGGAGCUGUACCAAACUGAAUCACAUUAUAUUUUGCUUGAUUCGGAGUUUAGUUUGUGGUGCAACAGAAAUAAUGGUGCUUUGGAGCCAAAAAGAGGCAAUGAUUUAUGUUCAGCAUGGAACCCAGUUUGUAUUGGAUUGUGUUAUGGCAUUAUUGGAAAGAUAAAAUUACAUCCAGAUUCAGAAUGGUCGUUAUUGUUGAUAAAACAGAGAAGUCUGGUUGGAGAAAUGGCAGGAAAACAUAAAAUAUAUAAAAUCAAUAAAAUCGCAGUUCUAUCACUAAACUCAACAGAUCCUCCAGAGUUAGAAUUAGAGUUUUGUAAAACUCACCAUUUUGGUAUACGAAAAGCUGAACAGAUUUCAAGGCCAGAAUUACUUCAGAAACCCUUGCUUAAAACCUGGAAUACUAUAAAAUCAGCUGCAGAAAAUGUCAAACCAAAAAAGAGAGAGGUAAAGGAUAAAGAAAAGUUUGAAAAAAGAAUCUUAGAGGAAUUAUUGAAGAUGUUUAAUGAAGAGGAAUCAUUUUACUACAGUGAAACAUAUGACUUGACCUCUGACCUCCAACAGCAACAUUCCAUUGAUUAUGACGAGACCUUGCCAAUAUGGAAACGUUGUGAUAAUCGAUUCUUCUGGAAUAAAUACAUGAUGCAAGAACUCAUUGAUUUUAAAAGCGAAGAAGUUGGACUUCCAGAUCAUUGGAUAAAACCUGUUGUUCAAGGCUACAUACAAAUGGAAAGAUGUUGUAUGGAUUUUGAGGAGAAUAAAACUCCAGGUGAUUCACCUGAUGAUUAUAUAUCAUCAUCCAUUGAACCGCUGGAGUAUGAUAUCUGGAUUCUAUCACGGAGAAGUCGACAUCGAGCUGGUACAAGAUCUAAGAAACGUGGUUUAGAUGAAACAGGUGCUUGUGCUAAUUAUGUAGUUACAGAACAGAUAAUAGAGUUUUCACCACACCUUGUGUCGUUUGUUCAAGUUCGUGGUUCGAUACCUGUGUAUUGGAGUCAGACGGGAAUAAAGUAUCGCCCACCACCUCGUCUAGAUAAAGUUACAGCGUCAGUGGGAGUAAACAUUGAGUAUUGCUAGGUGGCCAGUAUUCUUAAUCCAUGACCAUUCUGGAUUAAAGGCUGAUCGAAGUACUAGUUUGUACUAGAGCUGGGCGAUAUCCCUGGAAACAGAUAAUCGGUAUUUCGCGAUAUUUUAUAAAAUGUCAAUAAUUUCAGUUUAUCACCC